CCACCCAUCUUGAGGAGUUUGCCCCCUCACAUAUACUAAUGUGCCACAAACAGGACUUUAAUAUCACCAACCAUUCCCAUUUUAUUACGGUGUAUCCAUAUAAAUGGCCCACCCUGUAGAUUACUCUAAAUAAAUUAACAUUCCCAUGGCAGCUGAUUUGCAUUGUUACGCCAAUGUCCAAAUCUCUCUCAUUUUUUCUUAAUUGUUAAAUUGCUUUUAUUUUUCAUAUUUGUAUUUUAAUAUUUUUAAUGUUUGUCGAUGGCUUAAAUGAUUUCAGUUGUCCGUUAUACAGCAGGCCUGUUUUAUUUAAAUGUGCUGUAUAAAUAAAGUGUUUUUACUUCCUGCAGUUCUCAGUGUGAAUGUUCAUAUGCAGUUAAAAUAAGAAGCGUAAACACUCUGCUUUAGAGACGGUGAUUGUGUUGUCAAGACAUUUUUUUCAUCAGAGGUGUAAAGUUGCCAUAAUGUUUUAUUGUCAUGUACAACAGCAUAACAUCCUCACAGAGUGAUGCUGAGAAACUAGUUCAUGCAUGGACUACUACUAGGCUGGAGAAGGCUGGAUCAGGAUGACCUAAAAGUUUCCUGAAAAGCCCUUCAGUUGAUCCAAAAUGUUGCAGUGAGGGUUCUGACAGGCACUAGAAAGAGAGCAUAUGGCUGGAUUACUGUUUCAGGUUCUGAGUUUCAGACCUCAGAGGUGCAGGCAGGUGAGACUGUCACUCUGCAGUGCACCAAGACUUUCACAUAUGACGUUUUGACCUUCUGGUUCAGACUGAUCAACGGAACCACAGCCAACUCUCUUGCUGUUAAGCCAGUGUCUACAAAUGUUAAUUACAAUGCUGAAUUUCAAACUGGAAAAUUUGAAAUGACACAAAACACCUCUGAUGUCUUUCUCAAAAUCAAACAAGUGGAUGUGUCUGACUCUGGGCUGUAUUUCUGUGGAUUUCUCUCAGAGGGACGUCUAAAUUUAAGGGUCAUGCAAUUAAAGGUUGGAGGCACCGAUGAGCCUCAGGAUGACAUGGACUGCAUCUGUAAACAGGCUCACGAGGUAGCAACGCUGACGAGUGUCACCCUGGGUGUUCUGUCUGUUUUCCUCUUAAUGGUCAUCACUGGUCUGGUUGUUCAACACGGGAAAACAGCUAAAGAACAUGAAAAUAAGAAUCCAGAACAAUUUGAGAAUCUGGACCCUGGCACCCUGAAGGAUCUAGCACUGCAAUCAGCAGUAAAAAGACGCGGGAGGCCUGCAGCACAAAAGCAACCAGAAACUCAUGUUAUUUAUACUACCAACAGAUAGACUCAUUUCCCUGUUUGACUGUGUUCGUGCUGCUUCCUGUUUUUAUUUCUAUUUCCUCCACUUGAAAUAAAUGGA